AUAAACAUCAGUGAGGGUUAUCUUAUUUUUGUAUUCCAAGUUGGGCUAUAGAUAAUUAUUGGAAAAUAUGGAACACAUGAAUUAUUUAAACUCUCCUUGUUUUUUGCUUUCUUGUUGGGUGAUAUUCACGGGAUUUAGGUAUGAGGUAUGCAUUUCAAAAUGAAUUAAACCCAUACCUUGUGUUUGGUUUAUGAUUUUUAGAGUUUUAAACCCAUAUCUCAUCCAAACCCCAAGAUAUGGGGUUUAGAGACUUAGAGGAGGUGAGAAUGGCUCAUAGGCCACAUACCAAUAAAUUUAAGUGUUAAAUGAAUUUUUUUUAAAAAAAUCAUUCUAGAAUCAACCCAAACAUGAGGUAUCAAGAAUCAAGUUCGAUCCCAUAUUUCUUUGCGGGUCAAACACCCUCUAGGCCCCUAAUAGGCUAGUAGUAUUACCUGUGUAUUUGGUUUGAUGAACUCGAUGGCCAAUAGAAAGAGUUGUAGCUAACCAUAGGCGAAGGCUAAGUGAUUGGAAUUUGUUCGGUGUGAUUCUAGAUGGCAAAACCACGGUUGUUAAUAGGCGAAAGCAGUGCAUUGACAUAGCCUUUGAUUUUUCUGGACUCACCAUUCACCAAUUUGACACCAUCACCUGUCUCAAUCCACAGAGCAAGCCUCAACAACAUGUUUCUUAGAGCAUGUGAGUAAUGUGACGAGUAUGCUCAAUGCACCAUAGAUACAGUUACUUUGAAGCCCAUAGUACAAUCUGACAAUAAUUAGAAUAACAAAAAUAAAAAAGAAAGACUACAUCGAGCAGAACUAGUCAACCGGCAAGUGGUAACUAGUGUUAAAAAAAUUGCUCUGUUAAUUACAGCAUUGCGUCAAAAAGAAGGGAUUAGCACACAAAAUCAUGUUACAGAAUAAUUUGCCACUCGAGCCGCUCGGGGGAGUUCUUCUUUUACCCAUUUACAGGAAUAAUAUAAUACAAUCUUUAUAAGACGGAGGGAGUAUUUGCAUCACUUUAACCGUAUUUUUAAUGAAUUAGUCAUUUUAGCUGUAUUUUAAAUAGAUUAGAUUAGCUUGCUUUUUCUUUGUUUAAUCUCCUAAAUCUUCGUGUAAUUUAUUUAUUUUUAUUUAAUAUGAAAUGUUGAGUUUUUUUUUUCAAAUAUUUUAAUGACAUGUUGAGUUUUUUUUUCUAAUUUUUUAUGAACAUGUUGAGCUGAAAGGUGGGGGGUAUCAUGCACUCCGUAGUCCCUACGCUCCAUUUCGUACUAUAAAUACACAUUCACUAGAUUUGGUAAAUCCAUCUCAAAUUCAAAGCCACCAAUAUAAUUUAAUGGCUUCAACACCCUUUUUACUCUGUUUCCUUCUUCUCAUUAUCUCUGCUUUCUCCUUUCAUUUCUCCAAUGCUACCUUUGUCCUUCCUAUUGUCAAGGACAACACAAAGUCCCAAUACUACACCUCUUUUCUAGUAGGAACACGCCCAUCUACUCGUGUGUAUCUAGUCAUUGAUAUCGGUAAUAGAUGGUCAUGGUUCGCUUGUGACCUCUAUGGAUACAACAGUAAUUCCACAACCUACCAUGAAGUACCCUGCAACUCACCCAAGUGUGCGCGCUAUGAGCCAACAGGGACUUUUUGCUCCGGUGACACUUGCGGUGUUUACGCAUACACCCCAUGGGGUGACGGCCUCUAUGCAGGCGGUCUUGUUGAGGAUGCAUCGACCUUGUACAAGCAAGCCCAACCAAACUCACUAGCUCAACUCUCUAAAGCUAGCUUACCUACUUUCCCUUUUAGUUGCGCAGACAAAGGUCCUUUGAAGGGCUUAUCACCUCAUACCAAAGGGGUGGUUACCCUUGCAAGGGUACCUUUUGCUUUGCAUUCUCAAAUCUCCUCAACUUUCAAGGUUCCUCGUAAGUUUGCUCUUUGUCUUCCUUCUUCUACUUCUUCGGGUUAUAAUGGCGCUAUCUACUUUGGAGGAAGCCCUAGUUAUAUGUCUAAAUCACUUAUAACCACCCCACUUAUAAUCAAUCCUAACAGCACUGCGCCAAUAAGAUCAGAAGGAGAAACUUCAGUAGAAUACUUCAUCAAGGUAAGGUCUAUCAAAAUCGAUGGAACCCCAAUACGCUUCAGAUCCUCAUUGUUGUCCUUCGACAUCAAGCAAGCAGUUGGAGGUACUAAGAUAAGCACUAUGGACCCUUACACUGUACUCCACAGUGAAAUAUACAAGUCUCUUAUCAGCGUAUUUGUAACAAAAGCAACCGCCAUGAAGAUGACAAGGGUUGCUCCAGUGGCUCCUUUCGGGGCGUGUUUUAGUACAAAAUCAAUCGUUAACAACGCUAAAACUGGUCCAUCAGUACCAAUUUUUGACAUAAUAAUGGAUGGUAAAAGUCCCUUGUUACACAACAAGAAUGCAAGGUGGAGGAUCUAUGGCGCGAAUUCAAUGGUGAAGGUUUCAGAGAAUGUAAUGUGCUUAGGAUUUGUUGAUGGAGGUUCAAGCCCAACCACUUCAAUAGUAAUAGGUGGAAAACAAAUGGAGGAUAAUUUGGUGGAAAUAGACCUUGAAACUAACAAGCUUGGAGUCACUUCGUCUCUUCUUCGCAUGGGCACAAAUUGCUCCAAAUUUAAGGGAAUUUAACUUUAAUAUUAAGAUUUUAUAGUCCUUAAUUUCAUGUUUCAUAGUAGAUCUCGAAAAAUUGAUCUUAUGCUAGGAUAGCUUGUUUGUUUGUGACUUGUAAUUUGUGUCUUGUAACUUGUGAGGUAUUUAAUAAAAAUUUUAGUAGUCCUUUUCUUA